GCCCCGGCCAGGACACGCUGAGCACACUGGAAGCAGCCAUGGCGGAUGGUCCGGUGGCGGAACUGCUGCUCCGGCGGCUGGAGGCGUCCGAUGGCGGCCUGGACAGCGCCGAGCUGGCGGCUGAGCUGGGCAUGGAGCACCAAGCGGUGGUGGGCGCCGUGAAGAGCCUUCAGGCACUGGGCGAGGUCAUCGAGGCUGAACUUCGGUCCACCAAGCGCUGGGAGCUUACUGCCGAGGGUGAGGAGAUUGCCCGGGAGGGCAGCCAUGAGGCCCGUGUGUUUCGAAGCAUCCCCCCGGAGGGCCUGGCCCAGAGCGAGCUUAUGCGACUGCCCAGUGGCAAAGUGGGCUUCAGCAAGGCCAUGUCCAACAAGUGGAUCCGGGUGGACAAGAGUGCAGCUGACGGGCCCCGGGUGUUCCGAGUGGUGGACAGCAUGGAGGACGAGGUGCAGCGGCGGCUCCAACUGGUCCAGGGGGGACAGGCUGAGAAGCUGGGGGAGAAGGAGAGGAGCGAGCUGAGGAAGAGGAAGCUGUUGGCUGAAGUGACCCUGAAGACCUACUGGGUGAGCAAAGGCAGUGCCUUUAGUACCAGCAUCUCCAAGCAAGAGACAGAACUGAGCCCAGAGAUGAUCUCUAGUGGCUCUUGGCGGGACCGGCCCUUCAAGCCCUACAACUUCUUGGCCCACGGUGUCCUCCCCGACAGCGGUCACCUUCACCCCCUGCUCAAGGUCCGCUCCCAGUUCCGACAGAUCUUCCUGGAGAUGGGGUUCACCGAGAUGCCGACCGAUAACUUCAUUGAGAGCUCCUUCUGGAACUUUGACGCCCUCUUCCAGCCCCAGCAGCACCCAGCCCGUGACCAGCAUGAUACCUUCUUCCUUCGAGGUGGGUCAGCCCCUAGGGCCUCCCUGAGAUAUGAGAGACACCAGGUGCCAGGGUAGAGCCUUUACAGGAUGGGCAUCCCAUUUUAUCAAAUUAGGUCUAGAACUGGGCAUGGUGGUGUGCACCUGUAGUGCAGCUAUUUGGGAGGCCAAGGCAGGAGGAUUGCUUGAGCUCAGGAGUUCAAAUCCAGCUCAGGCAACCUACGGAAGAGUCUACCUCUAAAAAAAUUAAUUAAAGUCCAUCCUUGUUGAAUGUGUCAAGCUCUGUUCUCA